CUUUUGAUCACAUACACUGUUAUAUAAAUUAUAUAAAUUAAACGAAUUUUAUGAGUUUUGUUUUUUAAAAACAAAUAUAUCUUGUUUUAUAUAUAAUUUUUAGAUUUUAAUUAAAGUUUUAAUUUUUUUUAAUAUAAUAUACAAUGGCAUUACCUUGGCAUAUUCCAAUUGAAGCAGUACCUAAAGCAAAUGAAAAUUAUAUACCACCUCAAGCAUCGUUACUAAAACAUUACUGCAAAUUAGAUAUCCACAAAAACCCCUGUGAAGAAUUACAAACUGGUCUUAUGUGUGAUAUUGGAAUUCAUAAUCGAGAACCAGCUACAAUACAAAGAUUAAUAGCAUCCGGAAUGACUGUUGCUAGACUUAAUAUUCGUGAUAUGGAACCAGAUGCUUGUGCCCAGUUAAUUCAGAGCAUAAGACAAGCUGUAUUCAAUUACAGUGCAGAAUUGCAAUAUGUUUAUCCCUUGGCUGUUAUGGUGGAUGUUAGAGGGCCGGACAUCGCAACAGGUGAUUUAAAAGGUGGCCCGCAAUCAAACAUAGAGCUUAUUCAAUACGCUACAAUCAGGUUAACUACUGAUACUAGCUGGCAAAAAAGUGGCACAGCUGAUUGUCUGUAUGUCGGAUACGAUCAUCUUACUGAAUUACAACCAGGUGAUAUAGUUUAUAUUGACAGUUUAACUCCAGGAAAAAUUAAAUUAGUCGUUUCAGAAGUUGGAGACGAUUCCAUUGAAUGUUCAAUAGCAUUCGGUGGUAUAAUAGGUGCAAAAAUGACUGUACGGAUUUCUCAAGUUCCAUAUGAUGUAGAAAAUGUACGUAAUGGACAAGGAGUUAGUUUACAAUCAUUGUUAUAUAGCGAUAUUUCACAACAAACCUUUGAACAUAUGGAGGAACAAAUAGCAUGGGCCGUUGCUUCAGAUGUAGAUGGCGUGUUGGUGCCUAAUGCUCAAACUACUUAUGAUAUUCGUCAAGUAAGAGACAUAUUAUCUGAAAAAGGAAAACAUAUCCUUGUUUUCGCGUGUAUUGAUUCUGUAUUAGGAUUUGAUAAUAUUGAUAAAAUUUUAUCUGAAGCAGAUGGUAUUUAUUUGGAUCGGUGCGUAUUAAGUACAGAUUUACCAGUAGAAAAAAUAUUUAUUGCCCAAAAAAUUAUUAUCGCUAAAUGUAAUGAAAUAGGAAAGCCUUGCUUAUGUAAAGCAGUAAUAAAUGAGCAGAUUCCUACUUUAUGUGUUACUGAUAUAGCUAAUCUAGUAUUAGAUGGCGUAGAUGUGCUGUCUUUGGAACUUAAUUAUGAUUCGCCUUUAAAAAAAUUUGCACCUUCUUAUGAUGCUAUACGUAUAGCUGAACACUGUUUGGCUGCUGCUGCAGUAAUAUGUAGACACGCAGAACGAAUAAUCUGGCAACCAAAGGUGUACGGUAAUAUGGAAUUGAUGCAAAGUCCUCUUGAAGAACCUACAAAAGCUGUAUGUGUUAGCGCCGUAGAACUCGCAAUGCGUUCACGAGCAGUUGUAAUUAUUUGUUUGACAAAUUCUGGACGUACAGCUAAAAGUUUAGCACACGCAAAACCUACGUGUCCCAUUGUAGCUGUUACUCGCGCUUGUCAUACAGCAAGGCAAUUGCGCUUUUGGAAAGGGAUUCGCGCAGUGCACUAUUUUGAGGUAGCUAAAGGUAGUUGGAGUUCUGAAAACGACUCUCGGAUACAUGCCGCACUUGAUUAUUGCAAAGCAAAACGUAUUAUACGUGCCGGUGAUGCAUAUGUAAUUGUUACUGGGUCGCGUCGCGGCGUAGGUUAUUGCGAUUCUGUUCGACUUUUAUAUGCAAGCGCUCGUGAUACAGUUAUAAUAGAAUAAAAUAAA